AUGACGACUUUUUUAGUUAUUCAAGAUGGCGGCUUGCUGAGAAAAAAUGGGAACUACACUCCUUUUUCUCUCUAUUGCUCUUUCUCUCUGCGCCUUCGUUGUCUUUCUUUGAUUUAUUUGCUAUGUAAUCUAACCCAUCACCUUCUCCCCACCGGCCACUCUCUCUCUCUCUCCCUCUCUCUCUCUCUCUCUCUAUCUAUCUAUCUAUCUAUCUAUCUAUCUAUCUAUCUAUCUAUCUAUCUAUUUCGUUGUUCAUUUCCCUUCGUCUAUCUCCAACACUCCCUCCUACAUUUACUCGCUUUCCACUUCCAAUUAUUAAAUUCUCCUCUUUCUAUUCGUUUCUCUCUAUCGCGAUUUCUCACUCUUUGUUUGUCCUUCUCUAUCCAUGUUGCUUUCUCUCUUUCUCUAACUGCCAUUCCCUUUUUUUCAAUAUCCAUUUGCCUCGCCUUCCUCUAUGUCUGUUUGUAUCUCUCUUUCUCUUUUCUCUCUCUCUCUCUCUCUCUCUCUCUGUGUCUCUCUAUCUCCUCAUAUGCAUCUCUCAUUCUCUCUUUAUUUUUCUCCUUCUUUCUUCCCUUCUUACUUUCCUUCCUUCUUUCCGUCUUUUUUUCUUUCCUUUUGUCCUUACUUCUUUCUUUCUUUCUUUCUUUCUUUUCCUUCUUCUUUUCUUUCUUUCUCUUCUUUCCUUAUUUUUUUCUUUCUUUACUUCCUUCUUUCCUUUUUCUUUCUGUCCUUCUUUUCCCAUUUCUUAAUUUCUUUCUUACUUUCUGUCUCUUUUUCUUUUCUUUUCUUUUCUUUCUUUCUUCCACUACUUCUAAUUUUACUCGCUUUUCUCCUUAUUCAUUCUCCUCGUCAUUUAAUUCCUCUCUCUCUCUCCCUCUUUAUUUGCUUCUCUCACUUUCUCUCCGGGUACUUCUCUAUAUUUUGUUUUCCUCUCUCUCUCUCUCUCUCUCUCUCUUCUUCUUCUUCUUCUUCUUCUUCUUCUUCUUCUUCUUCUUCUCUCUAACUGCCUCUCCCUCUAUUCCUCUGUCUAUCUAUGUCUCUUUUUAUCACUCGGCCCGCCUUUCUAUUCCUAUCUGUCCUUCUCUCCCUUUUCGCCAUCUACCUUCCUCACUUGUUCCCUCUCUUCCUCUCCCCACCUCUCUAUCUAUCUAUAUAUCUAUCUCUUUCUCUGUUUGA